AAUCCUAUGGUUCGGGAGCGUGUGAAACUUUCGAAGUUAAAAAGCAAUAUUGAAGUAAUUAGAAGUUGGUAAUUAUUCUACGAUUACUACUACCACCACUACAACAACAACAACAACUACUACUACUACUACUACUACUACUACUACUACUACUACUCUACUUCAAAACUAAUUUCAAUAUUUCUCUUCUGUGAAGAACUUGCAAUGGCCUUAAAAAAAGGUAUUAAAUCAUUUGCUGAUAUUCCAGGACCAUCAAGAAUUCCUCUCAUAGGAAACCUACAUCUAUAUAAAUUUGGUAAGUACAGUGUGAAGAAAUACCAUGAAGCAAUAAGGGAGCUUUAUGCUUCAUAUGGGCCAUUAGUGCGUCAAGAUCUUGGAAAUAUUACAACCAUACAUGUAUUUGAUCCAGAAGAUAUUCAAACCGUUUAUAGAAGUGAAGGCCAUACUCCACAUGUAGCCCCACUUCUUGAUACAUCAAAGCUUUAUAGAGAAAAGCAUAAUAUGUCUUUAGGUCUAGGUAAUACAAAUGGGGAAGAAUGGUAUAGAUUACGAAGUGCAAUAAGAAAAAUGAUGCUAAGACCAACAGAAGUGCAUUAUUAUUUGCCAUUUGUUCAAGAAGUUGCAAAUGAUUUUGUGCAAAGAAUAGAGGAAAAGAAAAAUUUUGAUGGAAAAGUACAUGACCUAACAAAGGAAGUAGGAAAGUGGAGUUAUGUUUGUUUUGAAGAAAGAUUGGGCUGCAUGAGUGGCGGAGAAACAGAAGUAAAAAGUGAAGCAAUGUUCGAGGCAAAUCUAAGGAUUUUUCAAAUAUCUGCACAAUUAAAAUUUUCUCUACCAUUGUAUAAAUAUAUAUCUACACCAAAAUGGAGGAAACUUCUGUUGGCUGAAGAUUACUUUUACAGGAAUGCUUUAUCAUACAUCAAAAGAGCUUUGAAAAAAGUGGAGUCUGAAAUAAGUCAGAACAAAUCCCUUCAUGGAAAAUACAAUUUCAUGACAUACCUGCUUUGUAGAGAAGAACUAAGUAUGCAAGAUGUUAUUAUUAUUACAUUUUCCUUAUUUACUGAUGGACUUUCAACAACUGUUCCGGCCCUUUUGUAUAACUUAUACUGCCUUGCUACAAAUCCCGAGGUCCAAGAAAAAGCCUUUAGGGAGGUCAUAGAUGUCAUUGGGAACAAAGAAAAAAUAACUGCUGAUGAUUUAAAUGAUCUCUCUUAUUUAAAAGCCAUCGUCAAGGAAACAUUCAGGUUCUUCCCAGUAGGAACAGAAGUAUCAAGAAUAUCACAGAAAGAUUUAAUUCUCUCUGGCUAUGAGGUUCCAACUGGAAGCCGUCUAGAUCUUUCACCGAAUGUUCAUUUUUCCUCUGAAAAAUACUUUAAAAAUGCAAAUACAUUUCUACCAGAAAGAUGGAUAAGAAAUCAUGAACAAGCAUCGAUACACCCAUUCAUCAUGACCCCAUUUGGACAUGGGACACGAACAUGUGCUGGCCGGCGGUUUGCAGAGCAAGAUCUUUAUAUCGUCCUAUCUUCAAUCUUGCGAAAGUUCCGUAUAUGUUACACGAAUCCUAAACCUUUGGAACAAGUUUAUAGUACUCUCCUCUUUCCUGAUGGACCUGUCAAAAUGCAGUUUAUACCAAGAUCAUAAAUUACAUCGACCAAAAUUAAUUUCCUAUAAAGUUAGAGACAAUGCAGAGUGAAUCCAAUAUUUUAAUAAAUAUAUUUAAGGGUAUUUCCCAAGAGGUAAAAAAUAUUUUCUCGAGUUUUGAAAGUGUUACAGAAACAAAUAAAAAGUUGAGAUGGAAAAAGACGUCUCAAAUUCUCCCCCAAAUAAAUUUUGCAUGGAAAGCUAUAUUGCAUUGCCAAACGCCUUCGAAAAUACGGAAAUCGCCAUAAGAUUGAGCCAGGAGUAAUGCCAUUACAUUUGGUAAGGAUAAGAAUGCAAGAGCCUUUGAGAAGUUGCCAAGGUUUUGUGGUAAUCUGUGUGUAGCGUUACAGCUGUGUUUUAGUGUUGCGAUCUGAACGUUUUGCUAUGUAUAGAGGAAUUACUCUAAGAAGGCACCAGUUUGACAGGUCGGUGAACAAAUACACGUCAUGUAGGGCGAUGGCUUUGUAAGUGUUAGUGAGGAAGCCAUAUACAAACGAGCUAACUGUAAUUGAAAUUAUUGACGAAUUGAAUGCAUGAACUUCACCUGCAGUUAUUUUGCCAGCAAUAGCCAAACAGUAGCAGUCAAAGCGGUGCCUUCUUGUAGUAAUCUCUCUAUAUCACCAUAUGAUUUGUGACCUGGCUCACAACGUAAGACUCCCUACAGAUCGGCGCGGAAGACCCGCAGCUUACGCGGAAUAACAGCAGUGGGAAUUUCGCGUCACGUGUUACCGUAUGACCAAGUUCAGACCUGCGCGGCAGUGGAUUGCCUGCAGUUUUGAAACGCAGUCGGACGCGUUUCGAACGCUGCCGCUCGAGAUUCGAGGAAGUCCGCGAAAUCUUCGGGAAUCUUCGCUCCCCUCUGGAUCGGGUUCCCCUUGCCUUUGUUUUUGGAUGUGGAAAACUGUCACCAAACGAUGAGUCAUAAUUGACGCUCUGGGGUGAACGGUUCCGCCACCGCGUCUAGCGCGGAGCGUUCCACGCCGCACCUGCUGCGCGUCUUCCGCCCCGAUCUGUGAGAGCCUUAAUAAUGAAGUCAUUUUGCAACAACGCGAUUACAUCAAACUACACUUUCUUGUAUUUCAACGCAUGUGAUGGAUGUGGAAAAUCUCAUAUUAUUCUCUGUGAAUGGUGCGAUAAAAAUUUUUUCUGUGUUAAUUACAUUUCCGAAAGUCUUACUCAUUGGAAUACAUUUUAUAUUAUUUCUACAAAUACAUUUUUAAUAAUAAUAAAAUAAUUUAAUUAAAAAUUUACAUUUAACAUGCUACCCUUCUUACCACCACUACUAAAAUUCGUUUGCUAAUAUUAUUUUUGCAGCCGUAUGUAAGAUUUAUAUAAAAGCAUCAGUAUGAAUUAUUAAUCAAAUGUUAUUUAUGCAAACAUAUAGUUUUUUUCACUUACUGAAAAAUAUGGGUGAAAUUUCCGAUUAUCUUUUAUUUUAUAUAAAUAAUGUCCAAUAAAGAAUUUAUGAAGUAGGUA